UUGAUAUAAUCUGUGUCCUGUGAAAAAAAAAGACAAUUGACUUUCUUGUUGCGUUGUGCGAAAACUGCGAAAUUCUGCCAGUCCGCUGACCAGGAAGCAAGUGUGUUGUGGUUUCGGACCGUCGGGAGAAAAUACAACUGACUAACAUUGACUAUCAUUACAAUGGUCUCUGACGUAAUUUCCAACACUUAAGAUCAGUGCGUGAAUUUUUUGACGAAAUGUUGUCGUCGCAAGGCUCUCUUAUUUCAAUACAGUAAACGAACAGUGUUUGUCCAUCAGAAUGUCGGACGAAAUAUGUUUGUAUGAUACUACGUACGACUGUGUACCGGACAGUCUGUUUGAUAUUUGUUUGGACUAUAUUGUGGUGAAUCUUAAUACGAUUACUAAUUUCGAUCGUGAGACUCGAUGGCGUCGAUUCAAAGAAGAUGUUAUACUGCCUUCCGAGAUUUGCGAAAAAUUUAUUCGCGCAUACCAGAAAAAAUAUCGCAUUAAUGAUAAUAUAGCGAACAUGUUCCGAGAUAAAUACCGCACCCGGUUACACCGCGUUAGAUUGCGAAACUCUCGCAUUACUGAUGAAGGGCUGCGCUGCCUGAUGGAGCACAAACCCUAUGAAGUUGAACUGAACCAAUGCGAGUAUCUGUCGCAGGCAUCGCUGGAAAUUAUCAGCAACAACAGCCAGAAUCUGGUGUCACUGAAGUUUGGUCCUCUAACAUAUGUAUUUCCCCAAGAUGAUGAAGGGAUCUACCGCCAGCGCGGAUACAUUAUCUAUGCUCCCAACCUAAAACGACUUACCAUCCAGCGUCGAGGCCUGGCAAUUUUCCCAUUGCUGCUUUUGAAGCCUCUGCAGCACCUGACUCAUCUUGAUCUAUCUGAGUGUACCUCAGCUGGGUCCAUUUGGGCUUUAAAUGAAAUGACCAACUUGCGUUACCUAGUAUUGCACGCUGUCCCAUGGACUAAAGAUUUAAUUGAUUGGAUAUCUGGAAUGCGUCUCCUGACACACUUGGACAUAUCCCAGUCAAAUGAGAGGCAUGGAAAAUACUUCACUCCCAAUGAGAUUUUGACACAAUUAGUGGAAAGCCUAACAGAAUUGGAGUCGUUGGAUAUUUCCGGCACUAAUUUGGCUGGGACCGGAGCUGCUGCAGUUUCAACUGUGCAACAAGGAACUUCAGAUGGUAUGGAGUAUGAGGUGCGCUGUGAUAUACCAGGACUUGUAAGCCGAGUCAACCGCCCGCUCGAGUUCCUGGGAUUGUAUGGCACUCACCAUGGAGCCUGCAAGCGUCAUGAUAUACCCGCUAAAGUGAUCACCGGGGACGCCAAUGAAGAACAGAUUCUUACUGCAGCUCGAGCUUAUAUGGAGCGACCGGCCAUGUUGACCCGUGUCCUCAAUGAUUUGUAUUAUUUGUUCCGUUACGAGAACAAUGCAUACGUUGGCCGAGCUCUGUCUGUUGUCCUUGAUGCUAUGGAUCAACACGUUACAGAGAAACACAUCCAGAUAUCGGGAAGUGCCACCCUGUUCUACAUAGUAAAGGGGAAGGAAAAGGAUCGUAUCGGCAUGAAGGUGAAGAGACGCAUCAUCACCGCACUGCUCGACGGCAUGGAGGCUCAUCUUGGUGAUGACACAAUGAUGAGGAAUGGGUGCCUCACUCUGUGCCAAUUCAAAAUACCAACCGACGUGUUGUUCGAGUAUGAACGUGUGGUACAGAUUCUUUUAAACGGGGUGGCCGACGUCAAUCAGGAAGGCUUUGUCCAGCGCAUCGCUAUCUACUUAUUAAACUCAUUAGCAUGUCAAGUUGACGGUAAACAAAAGACCUUCCUCGGAAACCAAGGAGCAAUUGGGAAAAUGCUCAACUUGAUUUCCGACCGAUUGGAACGUCGCAUCUGUGAUGAUGUGCUGGAAGUUGCAUGGUCAACUAUGUGGAACGUAACUGAUGAGACUCCACAAAACUGCCAACGAUUCUUGGAGAACCGAGGCAUGGAAUAUUUCCUUGCCUGUCUCAAGAUAUUCCCCGACAAGGAAGAGCUGCUGCGCAAUAUGAUGGGUUUGCUGGGCAACGUGGCUGAGGUGGCCCUGCUGCGUCCUCAGCUGAUGAACAAGCUGUUCCUGUCCGUGUUCUACGAGCUCCUGGACUCCUGCAGUGACGGCAUAGAGGUAAGCUACAACGCCGCCGGCGUGCUGGCUCACAUGGCCUCCGAUGGGCCGCGAGCGUGGACCGUGUCGGAGCCCGCCCGGGACAUGGUGCUGCAGCGCGUGGCCGCCGCCGUCGAGCGCUGGGACCUGCGCGCCGAACGCAACAUUAACUACCGCUCCUUCGAGCCUAUCCUAAGCCUCCUGCACGCACAUCACACUCCACAGUGCCAACACUGGGCCGUGUGGGCUCUCGCUAAUCUGACAACUGUUUACCCCGACAAGUACUGCACCUUGGUGGAAGCCGAAGGAGGUCUGCGCCUGCUGAAUGAGCUGCUGCAACACCCGCGCCCCUACGAGCCGAUCAAGAAGCUGGCGUACAUUGUGAUCGACAACUGCGCCCGCUACGCAGCCCGAGACACCGCCUACACCCCCCCUCUCUCUUCGUCUCCCGACAACUAACUAACGGAGUUUUUCGAGGAGAUCGAUCCUCGACUGCGUGAAUAGCGCCGGUGUUGCAGGACCGCCAUGUGUGUCACACUAGCCGCCAUCAUCUCUGGAGCGACUUUAUUGUAUAUCAAGAUCAACUACUUUGGUCCGUAACCACUAGUUACGGCAACCAUACACACAUGGAUCCGUCACAAGCCAAAAACUUUUAAAAUUUAUCAUUAUUAUCAUGACCUAAGGAAUCACUGUGUUAGUACAAUAAGUAAAUUAUGGGUGGCAUGUGCCAGUAAAUGUAAGCGAAAUUUUAUCUGAACUAGAUUAGAACUAAUACCAUUUCUAUCAAGGAUGUAUAUCGAGCUUACAACCCUGGGGCUGACCACCAUCUCUUGCUACACAUACAUCAAUAUUUUAAUCUUUUUCUAACUCUGUCUGUUUCAUGGCAAAUCCGAAAAUACAAAAUUUUCCGAGUUUUACUAACUAGUAUAUAUUUCGACGCUUAUUUUAACUGUUUCUUUGAUACUUCGUUUUCAGGAGAACAUAAGUGUGCUGUGUAUGGCGAUUACCAUUUUGAUCUCGUAUUGCUAAUCACCACCAUAUAUUUGAAAGUUGGAGAUAUAACACAAAGAUAUUUCAUGGUGUUGGUCGGCUCUUAGGUUACGAUACAUUGUGAAGACAUAAACAAGAUGUAUAUCAUUGUUUGUGAACUUUGGUCCCCCUUUAGAUUCAUCUAAGCGUAUUUUCCUAAUACUAGUGUAUAAAAUAAGGCUACACUUGACACGAAAACUCAGUGAUAGUUUAGUUGAUUGCAGCUGUCGUUAAGUUUAUGAUUAUUGCUUAAAUUUUCGUUUUGUGCUUUGUAAGAAUAUGAUCUGUAUUGUGUAAUAUAGUUCUAAUUUGGUAGAAUCAGUUUAUAAUAAGUACUGUAAUGUAUUAAUUUUUAUUUAUUUGGUGUAUAACGAAAUAUUGGUAAAGAUGAACAUUGUUGGACUACAUAAAUUUAUUUUAAGCUCCGUAAGACCUUCAUAUAUUUGGAGGAUAGUGUUUAAUAUUGUUAGUGUUAGCAUGACCAAGGCGUGCACUUGAUAGGAUUUGCCUCAAUUUACUAUUCGAAUUGUGAGAGAAAGAGCCACGAUGUUCGAGGUAUAAACAAAUUACUAUUUCAGUCGGAAAAAGUCGUUGGAUGUUUCUGUGAAUAAAUUAGACUAGCGUCAGAGAUUGUAUGAAGGUUGUGGCGAAUGUAGGUAGCUUAGGAACUUGAAUAGUUGUUAUAAGUUGGAAAUCUCGAAUAGUGAAAUGGAGCAAAAGUUGCAUGACCUUUAUUAUAGUAACAUAAUAAAUGGUUCUUUUAAAAUGUAUUAAUGUUACAUAAUAUAUUUUUAAAUUUGAGACAAAAAUUAGGUAUGUUACUCAUUUGUUACAAUUCAAAUGAGUUUAUUAUUUUAUUUAGGUAUAUCGUCAGGCGAUAUGAAUUAUUUUUAAUAAAAAAAUUAUACAGAUUCUAUAAUUCUCGUAUACAUAUAGUCAGAUUGUCUCUCAAGCUGCUGGGAGCAAGCUGAGAUUUAUAUAAUAUUAGGCCGAUGCACAGCAUCCACCAAAUAGUAGCAGCAAGUGUAGGCUGCCACAAAUAUUAUGUACUGACGAAGUCCAUCGUAUUUUCACGUUAUGUCUGCGAUGGCAGCUGAAUGUAAUAAAUAUUAUUAAUAUAAUUAACACGAAACAAACGGAAUUUAAAUUUAUUAUGUCCACUACAGUCCCGGGUAAGUGCUAAAACUGCGAACAGCCACCCACCAUAACUGCGAUCCUCAAGCCGCCUGCGAGGCGUGGGGAUUAUGGCAAACCCCCCUUCAUUAUGAGCAACAACUUAAAUACACGACUCCCAGUCCCUGGCACCGAGUGGCGACCGCGGACUGGAAGACGUAACGUAGGCAGACCUCCCACUAGUUGGACCGACGACAUCGUCAGAGUGGCGGGGAGUCAGUGGAUGCAGGGGGCGGCUUGUCGCUCUAUGUGGAGGACUAAGGGGGGAGACUCUGUUCAGCAGUGGACGUCUCUCGGCUGAUGAUGAUAACUACAGUCCACGGCAAAACCACACAAACCUUAUGUUGGUUGUUUUAUCUUUUCCAAUUGUCUGUAAACACCAACUGUUGGCAUAAAUACAUACAAAACUUUAUUCAAUUACAUCGAUGAUGUGUCGUAUAUGGGCAUUGAUGUAACUCUUUCUAUUCAUGCAUAUGUAACUCUGUUCUUAAAACUUUAUUCACAAUCUCAAGUCACGAUACAUCUACAUCGGUCCGUCCCGUUUCCGUUGCCAGUGUCUAAUAAAUAUUUUGAUAUCAUAUUUCUACUAACUGUCAAUACUAAUACUAGUCAUAUCGUCUUAGUUGUGUGGAUAUUUGCAUUAUACUAAUAAUCAUAAUAAAAUUAUGCCUAAACAUUGGAUUAUAAUAAUUAAAAGUACUUGGUUUUUGAAAGAAGAUUAUAUUUUAUUCGAGUGAUGUAUGUUACGUCGUUGCCACAUAAAGUAGUGAUGCUGCUAUUACUUGGCUCUUUAGUUCCAUAUUAGUUGAUGUUGCCUCACGCGUAUUGCACUGCGUCGUCAUUAUCACAAUAGUUAUCACGCGAAUUAUUUAGUAAACUUCAACAUAGAACGGAGGAACGCUAUAUUAUUUCGCUAUUGUCAUUAAUUUAUUGUUGUUAAUUCUCGACAAUGCUGUUUUAUAAUUUAUAUGACUCUUUGAUUAACUCUUUUAUAUAGUGGAAUAGAUUCCAUUACAUUGAAUUCCUUAGGUGCUCUGCAGACUACUUUUUAUCGGCCGAUAGUUGAGGCUGAUUUGAAAUAAAAUAAUGUUCUGAUUGUUCGCAUAUUAUAGAGACUUCAUGCCCAUAAAUAAAAUGGGGCAACUAUUGGACGAUAGUUUUGGUAGUCUGCGGGGAUCUUUACAAUACUAGUAAUUAUAAUGAUUGUCUAUUUAUCAACAAUAGUGUUAAGCAUUUGAAAUUGGUAUUCAUUACAUAAUUCCGAUCAGAUUGAUGUUAUAAUGAAAUUUUCGUGUGCUUAUUGUUUAGUAUGGUCCAGUGUACAUUUUUGGAUCAUAUUGUAUUUCGAUUUGAAAGCAGGCGAGUCUCUCUGAGACUCUAAUAUGGUUCCAAAAAUGACUUUGUUGAUGUAGCUUCAGCGAUAUUGUAAUAGAUUUAAUGUUUAAUGCAACAGUUAAUCAUUCAUGUGUCAUAGGUGUCUAUUAUAGUUAUCUUUGCAGCGUGCAAUCGUGCUUUUCCUGUUAGGUUGGGUAAGAAAAGCUUUGUUUGGCAGAAUCAUUGAUUGAAUUACUGAUUGAAUGUCGGACAGAAACAUUUGCGUUGGUUGAUUUGGAAGUGGACAAACUUCACAGUGCCGGAGGCUGGAACCCAUAUAGGGCCACGGACGCGUAGCACCCGCAUUAGUAGUUAUGUUGGCGCUCUGCAAAUAUACGCAGGGCAAAGGUAUUGUUAGAAUAGCACUGGCAUGUUGUCAGCGCUAGUGCGCCUUCGUGGUAGGAUGCGGGUAGCUUGUAGGAUGGAAUAGAUGCACUUAAGGAAAGCAAAGCAAACGAUUUUUCGACUUUCAAUGUUAUCCCUAGGAAUAUUUUAAGAUAUUAUUGCCGUGAGAGGAUGGGCUCUUAUCACAUUGUGCUGUUAAAGAAUGAAUAAAAUAUUCAGGAUAUGUAUACGCGAGGGAUAAAUAAUGGAAUUAUUUGCAGAUUUAAUCGGCCUUGCAAAGAGCACAUGGUAAACGGCAUCAUUAUAUAUGUAGUGGAUUUUAACAUUUUAUCACAUUUUCUUCGGAUCAGUCUUUACAGUAUAACAGUCGGUGUUUUACGAUGUUUAAAAAUAAAGAAAUAGUAUUACAUUUUAUCUUACGUGUAUGUCGGUACUGUAUAACCGAUCAUUAGAUGUUUAAUGUCUAUUUUAUUAUAAUCUUCUUAGUAUGAUAAUCUUUGUGAGGUUCGCACAUGGUUUAUUCUUAUUUUAUUGUUUGUUAUUGAAUAUAACCUUUGACAUAAUUUAUUUUCUUAUAUCUGUAUUCAAUUGCCGUGUCAUAUGAUUACAUAUUCUGUUUUGUUGUUCAUUAUGUUUGUUUUACUGGCGUUGAUCAUGUUUUAAUCUAGAAAUCUUACCUCUCUGAUUGUCAUUUUAGAGAUUAAUAAGUUAUCAAUAAUAAAUAAAUAUCUGAAUGUCCAAA